GCACAUUUUUUCAUUUCUGUUGUAGGCAUGAAACAUUCACCAUGAGUUCAGAAUUUAUACCAGGUGUAGAGGCAGGGGCCGAUGUAAACGGGGAACUUGCCAGUGACCUUGAUAAUGUACACAGAUUGUCAGCACUUGAAGACUCUUCUUACUGUGACAAAAAUGUCUCAAGAACUGAGAUAUUAGACUUCGGUGAUCAAGGAUUUUUACUGCAUAAAUUAAUGACACCAAGUGAGUGUCAGCAUGUCAUCGAAGACGGUGAAAAGAUCGGAUUUGGUGAAAUAAAAGGAGCAAAACGAGACUAUCGCAGCUGUGACAGGUUAGUGAUAGAAAGUGAAGAAAUGGCACUAAUUCUCUGGAGGAGGAUACAGCCCUAUUUAACUGACUUCGAAGUUGCAGAAGAUUCAUCUCUGAAAGACCUACACAUUCAUGGUGUACCAUAUUUACUCAGGGGAAAAUGGCAACCUGUUGGACUGAACAAGUUGUUUCGGCUGUGUAGAUAUUACCCAGGGGGUCAUUUCGCCCCACACUUUGAUGGUUAUUAUACCAAGAGCCCAGAGGAGAGAUCUCUGAAGACCUUUAUGAUAUACCUCAACGGAGAUUUCAAUGGAGGAAGCACCAACUUUGUUGAUGAAGCACAAACACUGCACAAAGAUAAAAAUGGAAAGUACUGUGCAGAAAAAGAAAAUGUUCUUUGUAAGAUCACACCAGAAGAAGGAAUGGCCAUCUUGUUUAAUCACCAAAGACUUCAUGAGGGGGAACAACUCUUGUCUGGCAAGAAGUAUAUUUUGAGAACUGAUAUUAUGUACAAAAAGAUGGGAGAGAGACAAUUGGAUGCCAAACAGGAAAAAGCAAUAGCCCUGCUACAGGAGGCUGAGAGACUAGAGGCCCAAGGGGAUUGUAUGCAGGCAGCUGACUUAUACAGGAAAGCAUUCAAGUUAUCCCCUGAGCUUGAGAACUGCUACUGAAAUUCUGAAGUGCUUCAUCAAUGUUCCAUGAUGUAUUUUAUUUCUAUGCAUAAAACAAUGUUCAUGAACAUUUUGUACUCUUCAACUGCACAGUCAGGUCAAUUAUGUAAAGGCAUAUUUCAUAUAUUGUUAUUCAUUUCAAUUCUU